GCGGCGCCGAGCAGAGGCGGUCGCCCCUCCGCGCUCCGGCGGUGCCGAAAUGGGUCUGCUUUCAGAAGAUGCAAUGCACUAGAUGUGGUGCUUGGAACAGGAUUAGUCAUGGCAUCAGAACUAUGUAAAACAAUCUCUGAGGCAAAGUUGGAAAGGCACAAGAACUUGUUCUUAAAUUACCGAAAUCUCCAUCACUUUCCUUUGGAGUUACUGAAAGAUGAGGGGCUGCAGUACUUGGAGAGACUUUAUAUGAAAAGAAAUUCCCUGACCACAUUGCCAGAAAACCUUGCACAGAAGCUUCCAAACCUCGUGGAAUUGUACCUUCAUUCAAAUAACAUAGUUGUUGUACCUGAAGCCAUUGGCUCCCUCGUUAAACUGCAGUUUCUGGACCUAAGCGAUAAUGCCCUCGAAAUUGUGUGUCCAGAGAUUGGCCGCCUGAGAUCUUUACGUCAUCUUCGCUUGGCUAACAACCAGCUGAAAUAUUUACCUGCCGAGGUUGGAGACCUGAGGGAGCUGCAAACGCUGGACAUUUCAACCAAUCGUUUGAUAACAUUACCUGAAAGGCUGCAUAUGUGCCUUUCGCUGCAGUACUUGACUGCAGACCGAAACCACCUGUGGUAUGUGCCCCGCCACCUGUGCCAACUACCAAGCCUCAAUGAGCUCUCCAUGGCUGGAAACCGCCUUGCAUUUUUGCCACUUGAUUUAGGUCGUUCUCGGGAGCUACAAUAUGUUUACGUGGAUAACAAUAUUCAUCUGAAAGGCCUCCCAUCUUAUCUGUAUAAUAAAGUCAUUGGUUGCAGUGGUUGUGGUUCUCCAAUUCAAGUUUCAGAGGUGAAACUGCUCUCUUUUUCAUCGGGCCAGUUAACUGUGUUCCUGCCAGCAGAGGUGAAAUCUAUAGGGACAGAAACAGAUCAUGUGCUGCCUUUGCAAGAACUGGCCAUGAGGACCCUCUAUAACACCUACUACAGGUUUUUAAAAGAUUUGAACUUUCUGACUCCAAUCUCACUACCCAAAAGCCUCUUGGAAUUGCUGCACUGUCCCUUGGGACACUGCCACCGCUGCAGCCAGCCUAUGUUUACCAUUGUCUACCCAAAGCUCUUUCCCUUGAGGGAAACUCCAAUGGCAGGAUUGCAUCAAGGGAGGACAACUGUUAGUUUUGUGGCAUACUGCUGCUCCACCCAGUGUCUGCAGACUUUUGACCUACUGAGUUGAUAAACAUUUAAAACUACUCAGGAGUGCUGCCAGUUUAAAGCUGCAUUAGACGUCGUAUCCCAUUGGUACUGGAAUACUGUGUGUGUGUGCAUGUGCCAAAGCAGCAGAAGUGCCCAGUCGGGAACACUAAGAGGCACUUAAAUCCUGCCCUAUCAAAUUUGGAUGAACUGCAGAAACUUUCCGGAAGUGUAAAUACCAAGCUUUUAAAAGUAUUAACUUCUCUCUCCUCCAAGAUACAAACCAAACAAAUUCACGAGCUCUGACUUCAGGAUUUCCAGUAUUUUUCAAAUGUGGCUGUCUUCAGGUUGACCCAUUGCAUCAUUUGAGGCAGUUUUCAUUCAUCUAACAGGAAAAAAAAAAGGUUCAGUUAUGACAAAUAAGUUUUCACUUACUUCCCCCCCCUCCUUCACCCCUACAGCUGAAUUCAGGUGUGUAGAUCUAAGCCUACAGAAACCUUUGAUGGAUCCCAUUGACUUUCCCCUAGAAUUUAGCUUUAUUUUCUCCCCCUCAUCUUAAUAUUUUCCCCUGCAGAGUUAUCCCAGUUGUAUACCAAGUCUUUGAGAGUUAACUGUGGUAUUUAAAUCCACAUAUUAAAAGCAGAACUUUCUUUCUCAUAUCAUUAGAAGCCACACUGAUUUAAUUGGAGUAACUAGGAUAUAUCUAGAGACUAAAGAUCCUGUUUCGGUAAAGAAGGCUGGUACUGAUGCCUACACUAAGUGGUCUUGCUCCAGCCUGUUUGCAGGUGUGUUUUCUUUAUUUUCAUCAUUCAAGUUUUUUAUUUUUAAAAACACUUCCCCUUUUGCUUCUUUGAGUUCUUCAGGAAGAAGAUGACUUUAAGUAUCAAUUUCACUUGAAAAAAACCUAGUAAUAUGAUAGUAAAUAUUUAUCUAUAUUUAUUAUAUUUUUACAAUUGCAGACUGUAGAUCUGCAAAGAGUUGGUCUUCAUCUUUUUCUAGAUUCAGCAUUUGGCUCAUUUGUGAAAGUGUGUCAGUGGAGUGUGUGCCUCGGAGAAGGCUGGAAAUCCGGGGGGAGGUAUGUGUAUCUCCAUGCAUAGGUAUAUAUGCAUACAUAGAUAUCUUCACAGAAGGGCUGUAACAUUUGUUUUUGUAUAUUAAUGGCAGAUUUAGUGCAAAUUUCCACUCACUGUAAUAUUUGUGGGAAUCCUUUUUUGUUAGAUCUUUUUCAUUUUAAAUAAAGGACAAAGGAUGAAAAAAGGCCCAAAAUGCCUGCAUGACUUAAAAUUUUAAUUUUAUACUGGAACAGUUUAUACAAAAUUAGCCCCUCUUGACUUGUUUUGGAAUAUAGAAUUAUUUUUUUUAAU